GGCAACAGAGGGCUCUGGAUAGACUGGUGCGUGUUGAGGACAGAAUAAUUUAAAGACACUUUAAAGAGUCAAAAACUAUGAAUUCAUAAUAGCUAAUUGUUCCGACUAGUUUAACUACUAUAUCUGUUGUUUUUAAAUUAAAUUAUGCAGACACUAGAUAGAAAAAUAGAAAUAUAAAUAAACUUUUCCUAAAUAUACUUUUAAACCGUCUUUAGCCUCUUAAUAUGAUAUUUAGUACCUGACUCAUAUAUUUAGUGGUACGCAACACAAGAGAAACCACCCAUAACACCGACUAAAUAUUGGUUAUUUCGAGAACAUCCAUCUCUGCGAUUCACUUUGUCAAACGACUAAUUAACACAUCGUUUAAUCCGGGUGACCGCACACAUCAAAACGAGUGAACCCAAACGGGAUAGCAACUUCCGGAGCCACGGCGACAGAGAGGAGUGACAGAUGAUUUGACCAACAGGCAGCUCUCGCGCAAGUGACGUCUGCGUCUCUACAAACGGGCGGGAUAUCCGCAGGAGUAAGCUAACUAAUAACAUGGCGAAGACUUACGAUUACUUGUUUAAACUUCUUUUAAUCGGCGAUUCAGGCGUCGGGAAGACCUGCGUGCUUUUCAGAUUUUCAGAAGAUGCCUUCAACUCAACGUUUAUCUCCACUAUAGGUAUUGAUUUCAAGAUCAGAACAAUAGAGUUAGAUGGAAAGAAGAUCAAGCUACAGAUAUGGGAUACAGCAGGACAAGAGCGGUUCAGGACCAUCACGACAGCCUACUACAGGGGAGCCAUGGGCAUCAUGUUAGUGUAUGACAUUACCAAUGAGAAGUCUUUUGACAACAUCAAGAACUGGAUACGGAAUAUAGAAGAGCAUGCCUCAGCAGAUGUGGAAAGGAUGGUCCUUGGGAACAAAUGUGAUUUCAAUGACAAGCGACAGGUGUCCAAAGACAAAGGAGAGAAGCUGGCGCUGGAGUACGGUAUCAAGUUCAUGGAAACCAGUGCAAAGGCGAACAUCAACGUCGAGAAUGCCUUCUUAACCCUUGCCAGAGACAUUAAAGGAAAAAUGGACAAGAAGCUGGAGGGCAAUAACCCGCAAGGCAGCAAUCAAGGAGUAAAGAUUACAGAACAACCCAAGAAGAGCAGUUUCUUCCGCUGCACGCUCCUUUGAGGAGACUUCAGUGUUGGCAUCCACCUUCGCCUUAACUGUCUCCCCCCUUCCCCCGCCGCUGGACAGAACUGGACAGCGCACACUCUGAUCUCUCUCUUUUUAUUUUCCCUCAUUUGUCUUCCUCCUUUUCUGUUUCUCUACUCUGAAAAACAAAAGUUUACCGCCCUCUUGGUUCCCUUGCCAACUGUGAAUCUAUCUGCUGUGGCUUUGGUAAGAUGCAAAAUCUGAUCAUUAGAUUAAUGGUUCCAACUUGUUUCCUUAGAUUGUAUUGACUUUUAAAGACUGCCUCCGAUCAAACCUUUACUAUUCGCAAUAAUGUCUGAUUCCAAGAGGAAUUCUUUCAACUGAUGUGGGUGUCUCUUGGUGAAGUCGUAGUUAUUCGAUGCUUAUCACUCAAAGUUACUUCCAGAAAAGGCUUCAUUUUGAAUAUACUCCAUCUGUCAAAUAAUGCAAUGUGUAUAUUCAAGGUGAUGAGAGUAUAAUCCAACCUAUUAUACCACAUUUGUGUACUGACUUGGUGGCCUAGACUUUUACACAUCCACAUUAGGUAAACGCAACAUGUAAAUAUGUAUCAUUGAUUAGGAUUCACGAUAUGAAACAAUAGUGGCGACGCAUGUUUCUCAUCAUAUCAACAUUGGGGUUUACAUGUCUUCUGGCCACCUUUUCUACUUAUACCUCUGUUGAUUUUCUUAGGCUGAAACAUUCCUCUUGUGACCACUUUAGUGUGUGUGUGUGUGUGUGUGUGUGUGUGUGUGUGUGUGUGUGUGUGUGUGUGUGUGUGUGUGUGUGUGUGUGUGUGUGUGUGUGUGUGUGUGUGUGUGUGUGUGUGUGUGUGUGUGUGUGUGUGUGUGUGUGUGUGUGUGUGUGUGUGUGUGUGUGUGUGUGUGUGUGUGUGUGUGUGUGUGUGUGUGUGUGGCCCAGGUUUAGCCUGUUUUAAGUAUUCACAUGGUUGCAGUAAGGCUGGGCUCUUGGCCUAAGUAUGCUUGUUUUAAGGGCGCACAGACUCCUUGCUUGCCUCGUCAUUUUAGGUAUUGCAAUUUCUCUGGGUUAGAUAUGAUGUGAUUGGUGGCAGGUAGGCGUUGGUCUGAUAACAAUACCUAACUCUGACACCUGGAGGCAAUGCUCUUACGCAGCAGAGGCACACAAGGAAUCGCAGCGAUGAUGAAAUCAUUGUUUUAUGCAUUCACACUUCUUCCUGUCGUCAGUUCCAGUGGGGGAACACCUACACAGCUGUUUUCUGGGCCUUGGAUGGGCUGUGCUCUAGCAGUAUUUAUGGAGGGGAAAGAAAACAUAGCACCAACAUUACAAAGUGCCCUUUUAUGUUCUUAUCAAUUUAUUAUGCACUUUUCCUUUUUUGUUCUUUCUGGAAAAAAAUAGUUCAUGUUUGUGGGCUUCCUAGGAACUAUUGGCACUGAACCAUGUCUGUUGAGUUAGUAUAAUGAACAUAUACAGAAGGCCUUUGAUUUAGAGAUGCGUCUCCCAUUACAACAUUCCUAUCAAUCGAUAUUUAGCUUUUUCCAGCCUCUUAUGCAUUUGCAUCCCCAUUUAUGCUUUUGGGAAACCCAGAUGCACCCACCCCUCACCCACCUAGUCUCUCUCUUUUCCCCUCCCCUCUUUUCGAACAGCACUUGUCUCGUUUUGAUCCAGUAUCACAGCCCUCUGAACUAUGCAUUCUGCAUAGAAAACCUCAGAAAUCUUUGCACAUUUGACUCAACAAGCUUUAUUUGAGUUAGAAAUGUGCAAAGGAUUCUUGCCGUUUUAUUUUCUGCCGUCACUCCAAAUUCUCUUGUAUUCUCUGAGCUGUUUAGGAAUAGGAAAGCAAUUGGAAGCUGAAAACCACCUCUGACGUUUUACAGUGAGUGCAAAUCAUUUCUAGCGGUGCUGAGAAGUCCUGAAUUUAAUAUUUAACUGUGUAAUUGUUAACUUGUGGAUGUAAAUCAUUGCCGUUAACAUGGUUUGACUCGUGGCACAAUUUCGGUUUAACUGGCGCUCAAAAGUUAAGUCUCUUUUAAAGUUUUUUUUCAGACUGAGUUUGGCUUAAAUUUCAUCUGAAUUUGAUGUGAUUUGUAGUUCUCGCCAGGUCCAUGUUAACUAAAUUUGGAUUUCAUCGCUGAUUAUUGAUGGAUUUCAUGGGGAAUAAAUUAAAUAAUUCAGCAAUUGUAAAUAAGAUCUACAAUGAUUGUACUGAAGGUUCAUAAAUCUUAUUGAUCUACACAUUUUGUAGAUAUGUGUUUUGAUUUAUUAAAAGAUUCUUAAAUAAAUGUUUUUCAACUUCUGCACCUUU